AUGGUGCGCCGGAUGCUCACCGGUGUGCAUUUCGACAAGAAAAGGGGUGUUCAAGCGACUCCCAUCGCAAUCGUCAACCAGAUGAUUGACGCCAAUCUCGAGUUUGCAAUCCAGCAACGGGGCUACGCCUCCAAGACAAGGAAGUCACUGACCUUGGCAAUUUGGGACACUUCUGUCAGUCCUUCAACAGUGAAAAUGGCAGGGGCUGUUUGGAAAAUAGCCAUGGAUAACAUCAAGCAGGCGCACGCGAGGGGAAAUUCAGGCAUUGUCAACGACAACGAGAAACUCCAGUUCAAGCGCAAGAUGCUUGGCGAGGUGAGUGAUGCUGCCAGAUUGCUCAUCGCGAUUACACCGCCUCCCAACGAGGGGCCGCCAUGA